AUGGAGUUACAUGAAGAUUCACAUAGGGAAGUAGGGAUUGACCAUUCCUCCCAACUUAUAGCUGUGCAGUUCUGUUUUGAGAAUGUGAAUAAAUCCUGCAUCAAAACCACAUACUCCCCCUUUCCUCGAAUAAUUCUCUAUGUGGUCUUUGGCUUUGGGAUUCUGCUGGCAGUAUUUGGCAACUUGCUGGUCAUCACUGCCAUUCUUCACUUCAAGCAGCUGCACACACCUACAAACUUCCUCAUUGCCUCCUUGGCCUGUGCUGACUUUUUGGUUGGACUCACUGUGAUGCCCUUCAGCAUGGUGAGGUCAGUGGAAAGUUGCUGGUACUUUGGGGAGAGUUUCUGUAAAUUUCACACCUGUUUUGAUGGAUCAUUUUGCUAUUCUUCUCUCUUCCAUUUGUGUUUCAUCUCUAUUGAUAGAUAUAUUGCUGUCACUGACCCUCUGAUCUAUCCAACCAAGUUCACAGUGCGCAUUUCAGGGAUAUGUAUUGCUCUCUCCUGGGGUUGUUCAAUAACGUAUAGUUUUUCUCUCUUUUACACAGGGGUCACUGAUGAUGGGUUGGAGGAUCUGGUCAUUGCUCUCAGUUGUGUGGGAGGUUGCCAGGGUGCAAUAAAUCAAGACUGGGUUCUUGUUGGAUUUCUUUUGUUCUUUAUACCAACAAUUGCUAUGCUCACUAUAUAUGGCAAAAUUUUUUUAGUGGCUAAACAGCAGGCUAGAAAGAUAGAAAGUAGUAGCAACCAAGCUCAGGCUUCUGCAGAGAGCUAUAAAGAAAGAGUAGCCAAAAGAGAGAGAAAGGCUGCUAAAACAUUGGGAAUUGCUAUGGCUGUGUUUCUUGUCUCCUGGCUGCCAUAUUUCAUUGAUAUACUAAUUGAUGCUUAUAUGAAUUUCAUAACUCCAGCUUAUGUCUAUGAGAUCUUAUUGUGGUUUGUUUAUUAUAAUUCGGCUAUGAAUCCUUUGAUCUAUGCCUUCUUUUACCCUUGGUUUCGGAAAGCAAUAAAGCUCAUUGUGAGUGGCAGAAUCUUGAGGAAUGAUUCUUCAUCAAUGAAUUUAUUUUCUGAAGAAGUGGAAAUCCACAACUGA